ACUCCUAUGAUCUUGCACUCUGCACACUAAAUAGCAAUGGCAUCGGUGCUGUUGUCGGCGCUUUGGAUUGUUCACCAUUAAGCAAUAAUAUGCAUCAUCAUACGACAACGACAACUGGUGGUGUAAAUGGUGCACCCGGUGUUGUUAGUAAUGUUGCAUAUCAACACCACAUGAACUUAAAUCAUCACCAUAUAUUAAACCACCAUUCACCGUACAGCAAUAACUAUCCACUUCAUCAUAGCAGCAGUCAUCAUAUACACAGCGAUCAGACGAAAUCGCUGCAAGAACUGCAACAUGAGGUCGGUGCACUACUCGAGUUUCGAGAUCUUGUCAUUGAAACGUUUCCUGAUCUUAAACAUAAAAUGGCCUCAAUGUCUUCGUCUGCAUCUACAGCGGUUGCUGGUUCAACAACACCGUCAGUAUCAGCGACAAACACACUAACAGGUGUUAUGUCCAAUUCAUCACUAGCUUCCAGACGUGAAUGGGAACCUGGUAUACGUGUAAAACGUAAAUUAGCGCAAAAGGAACCGUCCUCGUCAACUUCGACUGCAGCAGUUGCGGUAAGCACAAAUGGUGCUGUUGUAGCUGGUGAAUUGUCCUCCUCAUCACUAACGCGUAGUCGCAGCAAUUCACAUAGCGGUAAAAAAGAGCCAAAGAGCGGUGAGAACAAUAACGGUAGUGUUGUGCAAGAUUCAGGAUUUUCAACAGAGACUAGUUCAUCAAAGGAGGGUCAUAGUGCCUCCUCAACUAAUGGUGCUAUGACUGGUCCCAUAGCAUCAAAUCGUCUAUUAUGCCUUGAGUCGGAUGAUGAGUUGUUAAAUUUAUUAGAUGUAAUACAUCGGAAAUCAAAUAGAUUACGCGAAGAGGUCGAACACUUACAGAACUAUGAGAGAAAUAAUCUGCGUGGUGGUGUCUCUAAUAACGGUGAAGAUAAUUGUGCUAAUGCUCUGACAAAGUCAAAUAGUGGCAGUAGCGCUAUAAGUGGUUUGACGCCCAAAACUUUUCGUGAUCAUGUAGAACGUUUAAAUAAGGAAGACAUUAAACAGUUGCGAAAGGAACGCGAUAGACUUUUAGAUAAGUUAGCUGAAAUGGAAGCGGAAACUUUAACUGGUCGCAUUAAAGCAACUAAAAUGAAUGAUCAAAUGACAGAGCUGAUAACAGUUAAAAAGGAUCUCGAAGAGCAACUAAAGCUUGCAAUGGCACAAAAAUUGGAGCUUAGCUCACGUGUGCAACAAUUGCAAUUACAACAACAGCAACAACAAAGUAAAAGUUCAUCAAGUCAAUCAGAUUACUCGAGUCAACGUAACUUUUUAUCCUCGGCCACGACGGUGCUUUCAACCGGUAGUGGCGCAUCUCAUAAUGAAAAUCUUGCGGCGGCAGCAGCAACAACAGUUCCUUUACAACAAAAUCGUCGUUUAAAUACAUUCCAACCGGUGGUGGUCGAACAGCAGCAACAAAAAAGUGACAAUUAUUUAGCAUUCCAUCGAAGCGCAGGCAGUGAUAGUAAAGAAUCGCCAGUAGCAGUAACAGCAAAUACACUCGGUCGAUUGGAUGGCAUUGUGAGCACACCCAGUGCUAAAAACACAAAAUGUCGCGUGACUGACUCUAAACGUUUUGCGGCAAUUUUAAUGGAAAAUAGUGUAGUUGAGCUGCAACGACAUUUGUUAACAUUGACUGUGCAAAAUCAGGUUUUAAUGCAAAAACUCGAUCAAGCAACAAAAUCUAAAACUCAUAUAGCCAAAAGACUGGACAAAUCAAAAGAAGAUGUUGAAGAUUUACGUUUUCAGCUUGAGGAGAAAAAUAUCGAACUCGAAGGUACUAAAGCACAAUUGCGUGUGCUGGAGUCACGUAUGCAUUCAUCAACACCAAAUAGUGGAGCUACAACAAAUUCAUAUAUGCAUUCACAAAACGAUUAUGAAACAAAUCGUUCAUCUGCUUCGACAACACUAAUGAUAAGUAGACGCGCUGGUUAUGGUAUCGAUUUGAAUAGCAGCGAUAUGCGUUCAGGUACACCAAUAUCGCAAAAUGGUCAUAUGCCACAACCAACUGCAACACAAAUUUCUACGCCGAGCAUGAAAGCUAUGGUACACCUUGCUUUGGAUGAUAUACAACAACAUAGUAGCAGUACUGAAUCGGCACAUGAUCAUGAAUUGCAGCAGGAUUCUCCGCAAACUAUAAACAGUAAAUUAAUGAGUACUAGUGUUGGUGGUGUAAGCCCAUUUGAACAACACUAUUCAGCGCGCGGCUAUCAAGCAGUAAAAAAGUUUACAACUGCAGCUAGUAAACCAAGUAAAAUACCAUUACCGGGCAGUAAAUCUGGCUCUUACUUUGCAGGUAAACCACCAACUGGUCGCCCAUCAACUGCUGGUCGCUCUCCACCUUCAGCUAAUAUAUCUGCAAGUUCGAAUGCAUCAAGCAAGUCGUCACUUAGUCGUAGUACUGGAAAUUUACUUUAUAGCAAAUCACCAAACAGCUUAAAACGCGCUGAUUCUGCACAAAGCGUACGUAAGGAUAAUUCCUCUUCCUUUAGUAAUAAUACAAGUCGUAGUUCCACUUCGUCCUCCAUACCAAUGUCCACAACGCCAUAUAGUGCCUCAAAAUCAUAUGGCGCUGCGGUAACAAGUCCGUCCCCGAGAGUAUUACAAAACUCUCCGCUGCCAAAAUUAAAACGAGAAUCAUUAACAUCACGUGUACGCCAUUUGGAUUCACUAUCUCGCAUACACCAGCAAACAAACAAUAGUAACAAUAAUAGCAGUGCAAGCGAUAAUUCACAUAUGUCACCAACAACACCAUUGACACGAUCACCGAUAACACCACACAAUAAUGACAAUGCUAGCAGUUAUUUGGUUAGUAGCACACCUAAACCUAGCGCAAUAGCUGCACAUCUUAAUGCAACAUUACGCAAAGAUUUACAAUUAAGUUCAAAUAGCUUUUCGCAUGGUUCAUCAGCGCAACAACAAUUUCAACGGCGUACCACAAAUGCUACUACACCAACGGCCACAACAACAACUACUGGUGCCGCCGUCACUACAACGCGCCGCUUUAGUAGUGCCUCUGUAAUGGGUGCUCGAAUUACAGCAGCGCGUAACCAACAGGAACACAAUAACGCCAUUGGUGAGAAUGGCAACGAACGUAAUAGCAAUAGUCCAACAGUAAAUGGAACUAAUAUAAAUAGUGACAGCGAUAGUGGCAAGGUACGCACUUUAAAAUCAACUUUUUUGGGUUGGCUUAAGAUCUAAAAUAUGCAGAAAUAUAUAACAAUUACACGAACAACUGCUCUAUCUUUUUGAUAUACAUAAAUCAAAUACACAUCUAUGCAUUAUGCAUACGCAUACGCAUAACAUAAACAAACGCAAAUCAAAAAAAUUCGCUGAACUAACAAAAACAUAUAUGCAUAACAUACGUAAAUACAUACAUAAGGAACAGAGUAUAUAAGCAUAAUAAAUUGUAUUUAUAAAUUAAACGGAUACAAAACAAUACUUCAGUGUUUAGAUACUUAUUGAAAUAGAUAUUGGAAUAGUGUUAUUGUUAUUAUAUUUUGACAGAUUUUAAUUUUUCUUAACUA